AUGGCGUCGUGCGGGUGCCUGGUGGUCGAGAAGGCGGACGACCACGGCGGCGACGCCAGGGGGAACGGCAACGGCAACGGCAACGGCAACGGGAGGGGGCGGGCCGAGUGCUGGUGCGGCUCCUGCGCGGGGGCGCGCCGCCGGCUCGAGACCAUGUUCCCCAUCUACGUCAUGGGGAGCUCGCGCGCGCGCGGCCUGCCCGACUCCGCCGCCGGGGACCCCAUAUGGGAGGCCGUCAAGUCCGAGGCCAAGUCCGAGGCAGAGAAGGAGCCUAUUUUAAGUAGCUUCUUAUAUGCGAGCGUAUUAUCUCACGACUGUCUGGAGCGAGCGUUGAGCUUCGUCCUUGCAAACAGGCUUGAAGACCCAACAUUGCUUGCUACUCAGCUAAUUGACAUCUUUAAUGAUGUCAUGAUGAACAACGUAGAUAUACGCCGUUCCAUUCGCCUCGAUGCACAGGCCUUCAAAGGCAGAGAUCCUUCAUGUGCACAAUAUAGCUGGGCCCUAUUAUACCUAAAGUCGUAUAGGAUAGCUCACGUGUUAUGGAAUCAAGGGCGUAAGGUUUUGGCGUUGGCAUUGCAAAGUCGUAUUAGUGAGGUUUUUGCAGUGGAUAUACACCCAGCUGCCAAAAUUGGGGAGGGGAUAUUGUUGGAUCAUGGAACAGGUCUAGUCAUUGGUGAAACUGCAGUUAUUGGCAAUUGGGUUUCAUUAAUGCAGGGUGUUACGCUUGGAGGUACUGGCAAGGAACAUGGGGAUAGGCACCCCAAGAUCGGUCAGGGAGCGCUUCUUGGAGCUGGUGCUACCAUCCUCGGCAACAUAAGCGUAGGCGAAGGGGCCAUGAUUGCAGCUGGUUCCCUUGUUUUAAAGGAUGUACCUCCCCACAGCAUGGCGGUUGGAAAUCCUGCAAAGGUAGUUGGCUACACAGAGAAGGAAGAUCCUUCUUUAAGUAUGAAGCAUGACGCAAGGCGAGAUUAUUUUGAGCACGUCGCUGGUAGUUUCGCAGAUGAUAGAUCCAACGGAAAGUGUCUUCUGUGCAGGAAGUGCUAUGAAGUGAAGCUUGGAUGAAGUGGCGACACAAGGAAUGCAUCUCUCUUGACGUCCCUACUUCCUAGAGCAGGAGCACGCCGGUGGAUGUUUGGUGACGCAUGAGUGCUUCUCCUAUUCGCGAGGAACCCUCUUGUGAGGCCACACAGGCAGGCGAGUCGCCCGGGUCUCCUGAAGCUCCCCCAGAUGUAUAUUUUGAUGCGCCCUUUUAACUGGUGCAAUAAUGUGGAGACAUUUUGUUGUAAAGCUGGAGGGGAUGGUACAAGUCUUUUGUAGAGAUCUCCAACUGCAAUACUGCAUACCUCAGUGUAGCGUUUGUGACCGUUCUGAAUCAGCAGAAAAAUAAGUAAGUUGCCAUUGAACU